AUGUCUGUUGCAUUAAGAGUGCUUUUUGCCAUUGUUUUGGUAUGUUACUUUGGCGUGUCAGCUGGAAAGCUGCCUUCCAUAAAAGAUUGCAAGCAAGGAAAACGUGGAGUGAUUGAUUGCAGAGGCAUGGGAUUUCAAAAUGUUCCCUACGACAUAUUUUCCAUUCCUAAAGUUAAAAUGUAAGUAUAUACCUUGCGUUCUUGCUGAAACCCAACACUCGAUUGGCAACGUGAGGGACGGGUCAUUAUGUAUAGGUUAUUUUGAGGCAACGAGGGGAUAUGUGAUUUAUUCACCGAGGCGCGUAGCGCCGACGUGAAUAAACACAUAUCCCCGAGGUGCCUCAAAAUAACGUACUUAUUUUUCACACUGCGAGGUCGCAUUAAUGAGUAAGAAUAGAAAUAAUUCUUAAUGUCAUAUAUUGCCUUCGUUAUGUUGUUUUUUCUCAUUUUUUUGUGAUGCAAAGACAUUGCAGGUGAAUAUUAGAGGGGAUUAUUAAUUGCAGGUGAAUAUUAGAGGGGAUUAUUAAUUGCAGGUGAAUAUUAGAGGGGAUUAUUAAACGGAAAUUGAUUAGAGGGGAAUAUUGAAUAUAUAAAUAAGAACAAAGGAAACCGAGCAGGGUGAAAAAUAAUUAUGUUUAUUCAUUCAAAUUGGUGGCUGGGAAUGGAUUUUAACAACUUCUGUUUUAUGUUUUCAGCUACCUCAGUGGAAAUCCUUUGAUCUGUGACUGCAGUUUUGUUUGGUUUUUGCGAGAAUCGUCUGAAAACAAGAAAAGAAUUCUGGAUUACAACGCUAUGAAAUGUGCCAAUUUCAAGAUGAAAGGCUAUCUGGUUAAAAAAUUAACACGCGAGAACCUUAUCUGCAAAACCAGUAUGUUUUAUUCAGCGGGGUCAAAAUAAACAAAUUUGUCACCAAUCAUACAAUGUCUUACCAUGAAUUGUCUUGCCUUACCAUAAUAGCACACCAUGCCAUAUCGUGCUAUACCAUACCAUGCUUUACCAUAGCAUAUGUUUUGUCAUAUCAUACCACACUAUACCAUAUGGUCCAUACCAUACGGUCCAUACCAUGCUAUACCAUAUCAUACUGUACCAUAUAUACCACACCAUACACACAAUACACAAUACAAUGCAAUGCAAUGCAAUACCAUACCAUACCAUACCAUACCAUACAAAGCUAUGCCAUAUUACAUUAUACCAUACCUCUCUCUAUAAAAGAACAUUUAUUUUUAUUUUAUUAGAGCAAUUCAAAUUGAAAGAUUAUUGUUACAAGUUAUUUUCAUUUUGGAACUGUGAAAAAACACCACCACGUAUUCCAUCCGACGUCUUCAUUGGAAGCGGACACAUUGGGUAAGUUUUUUGUAAGAUUUUUAGUCUACCAUAACGCGUUAUCAGUGUACCAUAUAAAGUUUAUUUUUAGGGACCUGAGGGGUGAGUUUCCGUGCGAUUGUGAUACAGUGUGGUUUAUCAGACGUUUGAAAACCCGUGCAGCGAAGAAGCGAUUUCUAGACAGGCACAAACUGGUAUUGUGUAAAGCUGAUAAAGCAAAACGAAUUUCGAAACCUGUUCCAGCUUAUGAUGUCGCCGAGGCGAAAAUGUGUCCUCAAAAAGGUUUGUUAAACUUAAUGUUCACCAUCGUUGGAUUUCUUCUGUGAUAAAAUCUGACGAUAAGAAGAAAACUGUAGAUUAAAAGAUAUACAACGACCUGAAAAAUACAAGCAGAACCUCAACGAUUUGAGCAAAAGCCUUUCGUUGGGAGGUUAUGUAGCGAAGAAGGGCAGACGAACGACUUGCCGCUUGAAACGUUGAAGUUCUGCUUAUAUUCUUCAGGUCGUUGUAUCUUUCUCCAUCUGUAGCUGUCUUGUAUUAAACAACCUACUAUGACUAGAAUUUGCUAUUUCAUGUGAACUUGAACUGUGUGUGCCAUAACAAGCUUCCGUUCGUAUAUAUAUAUAUAUAUAUGUAAAAUAUAUAUAUAUAUUUACGUAUAAUUACAUAUAUAUAUAUAUAUAUAUAUAUAUAUAUAUAUAUAUAUAUAUAUAUAUAUAUAUAUAUAUAUAUAUAUAUAUAUAUAUAUAUAUAUAUGUAAAAAACCGUUCAUGUUUAAUAUUUACCAUAAAUGGUAUUUUCUUGGUAAAUAUUAAACAGCAUGGUUUUUACUAAUUUACCAGUUUUUACAACCCCCGAGCAUUGUUUUACUGAAAUUUACUUUUUUACCUUUUCACAGCAAAUGAUCGCUGCAAAGCUAACCCAUGUCCAGCUAAGGUGACGACAUGCAAGAAUACUGCAAAGUCUUAUGAAUGUAUUGGUGAGUGUACAACUACUGGAAAUUUUUAAAAAUUCAAAUGCUCAAACCUACUCAUAACAUUCUGAAAAUUAUUUUGGUCAAAUGCAAAGGGGGGGCACCACAGGCAACCCUGGAGUAUACAAAGUGGGGACUACAGUAAAUUUUUAAAAAUUCAAAUAAUGCCCCCAGCCUACUCGAAACUUUCUGAAAAUUGUCAAAAACCAUUUCUUUCAUCAAAACAAUAGCCCUAUUCACAUUAGAGACGGACAAGUCGUCUAGACGAACAAAUCGUCUCUCAAAAAUUAAAUCGUCUUCACAGACGGACAAGUAGUCGAACAAAUUCAGACGACUUGUUCGUCUAAAAUUUUGUCCGACACGUUUUCACAUCUGAUGAUUUGUCCGACUAAAAGACGAUUUGUUCGUCUAGACGACUUGUCCGUCUUCUAAUGUGAAAACGGCUAAUUAGUUUUGACUGAUAAAACCCGGGGGUGAACAAAGGUGUAUUUUUUUCACGUCAAUGGUUUUCAACAAUUUGAAUGGAAUUUCUUAAUGUUUUUUUUUAUAUAUUUUGUCUAGAUGUAAACGAAUGUUCAAGAAAAGGUUUGUGUAAAAAACCUGAAGUCUGCGUGAAUAAGAUGAAAACUGGGUACGAGUGCCGAUGCCCGAAAGAACUUGUGAGGGACAAGGCUAGCAAGAAAUGCGUUGGUAAGUAAAUGUCUCUUUCUGGAUGGAUUAGAAAAUUAGUUGUGUUGUUGUCUUCAACGGUGUGUUUCAGAGUAGGUACUGUGAUGCCAAUAAGGGACCGGUCAUAAAGUAACUGCUAGGGUGGGCUGGAGUGAUUUGGGAUAGGCCAUGGAAAAUCUUUGGGCAGUUUCGAUGGGCCGCCGAUUUUUUUUUAUGUCCACGGUGGGUCACCAAACAAAAACCCAUGCAUGUCUACUUCAAAAUAUAAAGAUAUUAAUAAUAAAAGUAAACAAAACUAUCCAAAUUAUCAAAUGCAAAUGAUGCUAUUGAAGCCAGUACUUUGUUUAUACAACAAGAAGUAGUCAAAUCACAGCAAAUACAACCAACUGGAGAGCAGCUCAGUCGUAUCGUAAUUGGUGAGGAAUGUGUUGGUCAAGCUUGGAACUAGUUGUGUUAUUGUCUUGAAUGGUGUCAGUGUAGGUGGGAUGCAACUAGUUGGAAAAUACAAGGACAAGGAGAUACCAGCACUUGUGGUGUGGUGGUUGUCUUUCAAGCUGGGAGAGCCGGGUCCAAUCCUUGGUCGGACCUCUACUCAAGGUCUUAAAAUGAUUGAGGGAAAGAGCUACCUUUACAUUGACAUCAGUAAAUGGUUAGACUUUUACGUCUUCUUGGAUAAGGUCAUUAAUAGGUACCUUGGAUCCCUAUCUAUUGGUUGGGCAAUAGCCUGUUGAGAAAUAGCAAUGUGUGAAACUCAAUAGACAAAACAUUUUGAUGUUUUCAGCGAAGGCCUUUCUCGGCUAUCAAUGCCUGGCCAUUCAAAGGGCCUUUGCUUGAAACAUCAAAAUGUUUUGUUUAUUGAGUUUCUUACAUUGCUAUUUCCAAAGCUUUCUCAUUUCUAUCAUUUCAGAUAUUUAACAUAUCCACAAUUAAUAUGAACCUUUGAGUUGAAGGGGUCAUUUUUAGCACAAUACAAAAACACCAUUGAGAGUUUUUAAAUAUGAUUUGUAUUGUUUUCUCCGAACAGUUCCAGAUCCGUGCAAAAGUAAAGAGAGUCCGUGUCCCAGCACCUCGAAAUGUGAAACUACUCAAUCAUCAUCUGGUACAAUAUCACACCGCUGUGUUGGUAAGUUAACCCAUUCAGUGGUAGCUCUCUUCCCUUGACGAGUAAAGUCAUCUGGCGUCAGACAGAGUAGAAUACUAAAGUAGGGCACAUCUGGGCGUAUUGCCACUGAACAAUGAGGGUUAACAGGGUGCAUGGGCUGAGUCUGAUUAACCAAUCAAGUGGCAGCAAUCUCCCCUUGAUGAGUUAACUGACAUGGGAUUAACAAAAGAUCGCAAUUACUUGACCUCCGUAGAAAACAACAAGCCUUGGAAACAAAGUUAGUGAAGUCAAGUGUUUUGCUUCACGCGGCCGUUUUUCAUUUUUCAGACAUUGACGAAUGUUUGACUGGCAAGUACAAAUGUGGUGACGGAGAGGAGUGCUACAAUAAGGAGAAUGGGUACGAGUGUCGAUGUACGAAAGGUCUUACCCGAGAAAAGGGAAAGUGUAUUGGUAUGUCGUUAUGUAAUGAUUAACUUCAAUUAACCACAUAUUGUAUUAUACAGUGUCAUGUGACUCAUGUUCUCAAAUACAAAUAAGAAACUUAGUCCAUAUUUAUUUUCAGCUAAAAUUGAUCCGUGCAAGGCAAAACCUCCGGUGUGCGAUAUUAAAAUACAACGUUGUGUUUCGGCAAACUGGACUUCGUAUGAAUGUCUAGGUAACACUUUAAUAUGCUUUUCUCAAUUAAUCCAUAAAGUUAUUGCAAUGUUUUAUGUUUUAUGAUCCUUACUGGACCUCCAUGGGGAAGACUAAAUUUAGACAGACAUAUCAGAUACUCAAUUGUGUUUCACUUUACGUUUUCCAGACAUUGAUGAAUGUUUGACGCAAAAACACGAUUGUGAUAAGAAUGCAAAAUGUAUUAACACUGAACCAGGAUUUAAAUGUCAGUGUAAACCUGGUUUUAAGGAAUACGAUAAUGGAAGAACAUGCAAAGGUAAUGUUAUUUCUUUGUAUUCGAUGUUUUUGCAUUCAAUAUUUCUGUCACUGAUUUUGUUGGCUUUUUCUCUUCUUCCCAUUCUAAAAUCAUUUUAUUGUUUUUUUUUUAUAGAUCUGAACGAAUGCUCAAACAAAUUUAUCUGUGCAAAGCAUGCUAAAUGUACAAACCUUCCUGGAUCUUACAAAUGUGAAUGCAAUCCUGGCUAUUCUGGAGAUGGAAAAUAUUGCAAUGGUACGAUGUUUGUUUAAAUUUUGUGCUUCCAUAAUGAUUGUUUAUUGCUGUUCGGUUUUCUUUAAAACUCUGUCUGAUUCAAUUUCCAUCCUACUGUACUGUACUGUACUGUACUGUACCGUACCGUACCGUACCGCACCGCACCGCACCGCACUGCACUGUACUGUACAUAUAUCUGCUCCCAUCUCACAGACAAUGAUGAAUGCAAAGGUCACAACAAGUGUUCUGUUGAUGCAAUAUGCAAGAACAAACGUGGAACUUUCCAAUGCGUUUGUAAGAAAGGCUACCGUGGAAAUGGAAAAAUCUGCAAAGGUAAACUUCAGUAACUCUCUUUUUCAAUUGCAUUUGAAUUCCACAUUCAAAAGUAUCCUUUAUUUCAGAUAUAAACGAAUGCUCCCAGAACAAGUAUAAAUGUCCAGCUCAUUCAAAAUGUCACAACACUCCUGGAGCAUACAGUUGCAAAUGUCGUCGUGGAUUCAAGUUGAAAAAUGGACGUUGUUUAGGUACAUUCUUCCCAGGGUCUUCCCUCUUGCCAAGGUAUUUCCUCCUCAAGAGGGAAUAGUCUGGGAACGAGAUUGUGUAAAACCCACCUAUAUAAUCAUUGAUGUAGUUUUUUCCGUCAACAUACUGUUCACAGUUCUCCAACCAACUGCUGCCUUUCCAAUGCUUAGGAACGCCCCACCUAACCAGCCUUACUUAUUCUUAUCUUUUUCUUGAUAUUUUUAUGAAGACGUGGACGAAUGCAAAGUGAAUUCUCAUAAUUGCGACAAGAAUGCUUUGUGUAUCAACUUUGUUGGCAGUUUUAAAUGCCGCUGUAAAGAAGGAUUUGAACACUUGAAGGAUGGAAGACUGUGCUUGAAAGACGGUUAGUUAAACCUAAAUCCAAUAACGUAACAAAAGUCAUAACCAUCGUCAUUCGUGAUAUAUUUUUAUCUGUUUUAUUUAGAGGACACAUCAAAAAGCAACAAUGCAUUACUCAUUAUUGUAGCAGUUUCAGCGUCUCUGCUUCUGGUCAUUUUAAUCUCGUGCUGUCUCUAUUGCCAAAGGUAAGAAUCACAAAGAAUACGCCUUUUUAUCACCGGCUGAAAACGUACUCUUUCAUCAAAACAAUACUUUCAGCUCAUAAAAUUGAAUUUAGACCUUUCAAGACCAAACGGACCAUUGGAUGAAAACUUUCCAACUUUUGAUAACAUGUUUUUUACGAGUUGGAAAUCAUUGUUGUGAUGAAAGAAAAUAUUUUUCGACCGAUAGGAGGCAUACUUUUUAUUUGAGAUGCCACAAUAUUUGUUACAUUUUCGUUAAUUUUGUGUUUCUUGUUUAAUUUAGAAGGAACAAGAAACGCAAGGAAAAUACCGACAGCGAGGAGUCGAAGAUGCUUUUAGGGAAUCAGUUUGCUAACGAGGCACAGCAACAAGCUGUGUUUAUGUUUAAUCCUCGCGAAAACAAAGAAUAAAGUGAGUGUUUUUUUUAAUCAGAAAAUUUUCUCAAGCUUGUAACUGUAAGCAAGAUUUCUCAAUUUAUAUUGAGUAAAGCAAAAUUAUCAAGGGUGGGUUGACUACAAAAAUUUUUUAGUUCGCUAUAACUACAGCUUCUUCAAAAAUAUGUAGUCAGCUACAACUACUGCUACUUUUGAACAAAGGUAGUUCGCUACUGACUACAGCUACUGCUUAAAAAAUGUAGCGAACUAUUUCGCUAUUUCGCUAUAAUCUACAUUUUUUAGUUUUACUGUAUUUGGAGCAUCUACUAUUAACUCAGGCUAUAAUAUAACCUAUAACAAAUCGACUUACGAGGAGCAACAGACAGCAGUAAACACAAAGCAACAUUUUUGUAAGCACUACAGUGUUCAGGAGUGCAAAUUGACUAUUGAGUAUUGAUUUUAAGCAGACGGUGUCUCAAUAUCAUGCUAUUCUAUCAAGUUGCUAACAAUUUUAAAAAGUAGCGAAUAGCGAUUCGCCGUUUGAAAAGUAGCCAACUACUUGGCUACUUUUAGGCAAAAUGUAGUUCGCUAUAACUACAGCUACUGUUUUAAAAAAGUAGUAAAAAACUACAGGCUACUUGAAAAUUGUAGUUCGCUACAGUAGCGAACUACAACUACUUCGCUACUACCCACCCUUGAAAAUUAUACAUUGUCAUUGCUGCUGAAAAAAAAAAUCUCAAUUUGAAACAUUACUAAAAAGCAAGUGAAGUUGCUCAUAAAUAGGAGUAUUCUUACUCGAUACAUUGAGUCAUUGUUAAUGAACGCCUUACUCGUAUUUUUGUACCAAAACACUCGGGCGUUUUUGCAAUACACGUCCAUAUUUAGAUCUUUGAAACAAUGUUUCUGUUUUUGAUAUCCAUUUUGUCUUCUUGCCAUCCUUAAGUUUCUCUGUUUUUACAGUGCUAUGUUUGGGCAAUAUUCUGCAGCAAGUAACGAAGCUACCAAAUGAAUAAACCGAAGUAUGGUCUUUACUGUAUAUGAACAAAUUUACAUUAGAUGCAAGUAUGAUUGGUGUAUAAACAAGUAUCAAAGUAUCAAGAAGUAUCGAGCGAUGAAUUCUUGCAAUAAAAUUCCCUUUCCUGUUGC